AUGGGACACAAUGGUUCAAAGUUAAAGAGAGGCAAGAGGAACUCCAUUUCGGCGGCCGACGCCCCUUAUAGUACGAACAUCAUGAGCAGUUACAAAGAGGAAUAUAAUUUCGACAAUCCUUACAUGAUGACCAUUGACGAAACGCAAAUUGAUAGAAUGCAAACGCAGCAUCACAUCCUGAGAACCAUCUGGGAUGGUAACUUUUCGGCCCCCAUCGAUGAAAAGUUAAGGCACGGAAAUUUCAGAGUGCUUGAUUUUGGAUGUGGUCCGGCGACCUUUUGCUUUGAUCUUGCGUCCAGCUUUCCGUCGUCAACAUUUGUCGGAGUUGAUUUUGUCCCAAUAUUUCCAACUCAAGUCCCCCGAAACACCCAAUUUCUCGUGGCAAACAUAAUGGACGGAUUACCAUUUGAGGAUGCCUCCUUUGACUAUAUACACGCUCGAUUUUUGGUGAUGUAUUUUACGCAAGAGGAAUGGGAAAAUGUAGUGAUAAAAGAAUUGACGAGGUUAUUGAAACCGGGCGGGUAUUUGGAAUGCUAUGAUAGCGAAUUUAUCUGGUAUAAUAUGUCGCCAUCAUUGGAGAAGCUGUGCAAUGCUGUUCAAAAGGAACUUUACGCGAGAAACAUUGAUCCGUUAAUGUCAAGAAAAAUCGGUGACUUCAUAAGAUCCACCGGGAAAUAUGAGAGCAUUCGGCACGAGCAAAAAAAUAUCCCCUACGGUUCAUGGGGAGAUAAGAUAGGUGAACUAUCCGCUCAAACAUUUUUCCAGUUCUUUGAAGGAGUCCGAAAGCCCAUAAAAGAGAUAAUGAACAUAAACGAUCAAGAAUUUGACAAGUUAAUGAGAGAAUUCGAAGGCGAAAUCAACUACUACCGUACAUACAGCAAAAAUCACAGAUUUGUCGCCCAUAAGAGGGUAUAA